CUGGCCCUCCCACUGAGGUCCAUGCCGCAUGUCAUCUCACGAACACCCAGGAUGGCCCAGAGUGGGCAUCCUUCAGGUUUGUCUUCAGACAAGAACAUCUCUUCAAGUGUCAUCCGAGUGAUAGUGAAGACAGCAGGCAAGCAGGAAGACUUUAUGAUAGCAGAUGACACCUCAGUGAGGCAAUUCAAGGAGAAGCUAUCUGCUCACUUCAAGUGCCAGGUGGACCAACUUGUGCUGGUCUUCAUGGGCCGCCUUCUUAAGGACCACGAUACGCUGAGCCAGAGGGGCAUCCUAGAUGGCCACACCAUUCACUUGGUCAUAAAGUCCAAAUGCAGCUCCAGAUCCCUAGCCCAUUCCUCCCAGAACCUACUGACCAAAGAGCCCAGCCACCAGGAUAGAAACACCGAAAGAAACAGCAAUGGGGUCUACCAACCUGCCAGUGUGAGUCACACCACAGUGGAAUCAUCCCUCCUUGUGGAACCUGAUGCACCCAAAGUGCAGAGCCAGGACCUAGAAGUAGGUAGUCCAGAGUACAUAGCCCAGAUGCUACAGAAUCCUAGUGUCCAGCAGCUUCUGUGUAACACAGACUUCAUGAGGCAGUUCAUCUCAGAACACCCAGACAUGCAACAACUGAUGCAGCAGAAUCCAGAAGUCUCCCACAUCCUUGACAAUUCUGAGAUCUUAUGGCAGACUCUGGAACUGGCCAGAAACCUUGCCAUGAUUCAAGAGAUAAUGCAGAUCCAGCAACCUGAACAGAAUCCUGAGUAUCCACUGAAUCCACAGUCACACUUGGGCUUAGAGACAAGGCCAGGUGGGGACAAUGCCCUGGGUCAGACUUAUGUGGAUUGCAAUGACCAAAUGCUCAACAGCUCACAAGAUCUUUUUGGAGACAACCCCUUCAGAGCUCUCCUGGGAGGACAAGUUUUGGAACAAGUUCAAUCCUCACCUCCACCUCCAGCACCACCCCAGGAACGGCGGGACCAGGUCCCACAGCUCCCUACAACCCGAGUCAUCUACACUAGUUCCUGUGGUUUAUCCUCCAUCACCUCAGCCAAUGGUAGCCCUAACAGGGUGAACCAUACUCCCAGUGCCUACGCCACCACUAUCUCCAGUAAGGGCCAGAGUCCUAACUGUCCCAUUCAGCAUCCUGCUGGGAUACCAGCCUUACCUAGCAUAGAGCUCACCCAGCAGCGUCAGGCAGAAGAUAAAGAUGCCACCAUCCCUCUAAAUAGCUCUGACCAGAAAUUAGAGGAUUAUCUCCAGCCUUCAGAUGAGCAGACCAGCUCCCAGAUCACAGGAAGCAUGAUGCAGUUGCUUUUAAACAACCCGUACUUGGCAGCCCAGAUGAUGCUGUUCAUAAGUAUGCCCCAGCUGAAUGAACAGUGUAGGCAGCAGCUGCCCAUAUUCCAGCAGCAGACACAGCUUUCUGACAUGAUUACAGCCCUAGCCAACCCCAAAGCAUCACAAGCAAUAUUGCAAAUUGAGCAGGGUCUGCAGCUCUUGGCCACAGAGGCUCCUGUUCUUCUAUCCUGGGUUGCACCCUACCUAUGGGGCCUAGGUUGGCUUCCUGCGCCCAGCUGCAGCUACCCUGACACAGUGCCCUGGGCCUCGGAUGUGCCAGAUAUUGCUGAACCCAAAGAUCCUGAAUGCUGCCAUAAAUCUGGAACAGUUCUGCAGAGGCUACAGUCCUUAGCUGGAGACCCUUCCCACCUUCCACAAGCCCCUGAGAUUCGUUUCAGUCAGCAGAUGGAAUCUCUAAAGGCCAUGGGAUUUGGAAACCCCCAUGCCAAUCUGCAGGCACUUAUUGCUACUGAGGGGGACACCAGGGCUGCUAUUCGCAAACUUAAGAGAGCCCAAGGAUUCUAA